AUGUUCGGCCAUUACUUCCUACGUCCAAGUGAGGUCUUCAGAGAUGCCGGACAGAAGUUUUUUGAACGCGAAGUCUUGAAGGCCACCACGCUAUCGUGUUGCGUGCAGUUGGAUCGAGUCGUGGCGAGAUGUAUUGUCAUGGACGUCAACUCCUAUCUCCUCGGACGGCCAACCGGAUUUGAUGAAGAGGACGUGUACGUGUGUGAAUUCAGAGUCAACAAGGCAUUCAGGACCCAGAAGAAACCACUCAAGUUUGUAAAUCCCGUCAAUAAGUCAUCCUACUGCUUUCAAUACUUCAAAAAAGAUGCCGUAACCUUCAAGAGGAAUUAUAUGCCGAACGGAACUAUUUCCUCGGGCGAGCACCGCCACCACUACAAGCGCGGUAGAAGUCAGAGGAACAGCAAAUUGAAGAAUGCAGCAGCGCAAGUCCUGGUACAUCUCGAUGAAUCUCACAGCAACUUAGAAUGUGUAGGAGAUAAUAGUAAUGUGGAGCGUCCGGGCGAUAAUGAAGAUGAGAGUGGUAAGAAACAUGUCAGCAAAAACGUCAUCCAGACAAGAAAAGUGGAAGAAAAGAAAGCGAAUUUAGAAGAUCUGAUUAAGAAAUUAAAAUAUUCUUGA